CCAGCGGCUGCGCGCGACCCAAAAUAGCGAAAUUCAAAGCUCACCUGAAUAAAAACCAGGAAACUUCCAGAAACAAAGGGGCCUGCUUCUUCAUCGUCUGGCCGGAUUAUCAGAUUUUGAAUAGCGGAUCAUGGCGGGAGGGAAUUUCAUGCACAGAGUUAUAUCCUACGUCGUCAAUGAACUUGUCGUUGAUAGACUAGCAAACAGUCCUGCCUUCCAGAGGUUUGCUGUGAGGACAUCAAAGAAGAUUGAGGAUAUUUCCAGUAUGGCUGUGCAGAAGAGGCAAGAACUUGCUGAACAGAUGAAAGAAAUCACGAAAGAUUUUGAGUCUAAAAACCAUUGAUGCGGUGGAUAUGCUACUACUUUGCAUUUGUGUGACUGUCUUUGAUAAUCUUAGCUCAUUUACUGCUGCUUGUCUUCAUCACGUGAAAUAGAGGGGUGGACUGUGGCGUUUCUAAUCCACAGGAGCUAUAUUAGAAAGGGUUUUGUUUUUUUUUUUUUUUUUAGUUUUCUCUUUGGACUGAGCCAGAGAAUUUCUUUGUAAAUUUUACAGUAGAUGAUGUGUACCAUUUCGAAAUAGGGUUCAUGAUUUCGAAUUUCUGGUGCCAUUAUGUACAUUGUGCUUGUGCCGAUUGUGCUUUUGUUCACUGCAUUGAUGAAUGUUAUGUUAGCAUAAAAUUGAGAAUCAGUAAGUCUAGCUCUGGUUAACAGA